AUGGUUGAAAUUCCACGCGUCCCUUUCUGUUGCUUUGUCGUUCCUCUCCGAAUCGGUGCAUUCAUUGUUGCAGCAUGGAUGUUAAUAUGGUUCGCUUACUUAGGAGUAGUAUCCAUGCUCGCUGCAUAUGGAACCUCCAUUAUCUACACCAUUAUCUGGAAAUUCUUUGGUGCUUGUUAUCUCUUAUUAGCAGCGGGUGCAUUUUAUGGAGCUCACGGAAUCUAUCAUGAAAUUCCACACCGUGUAGCCAAAUUCGUUCGAUUUUAUUUCAUAGCUUACAUCUUCUAUAUUGUUGCUGAAAUCGUUUUCGUCAUUGUCGUAGAGAUAGCCGUGGCAGCUACCAUAGCUAACGCUAAGGCUACCGCUAAGGCUAAUUGUGAAAAAGCUAUGCAAAAUAGUCCCAGUCUUCCUGCGAACUACUGUGAUAAUAUAUAUAAUAACGUUAACGCUAACGCUGGAUAUUCCAUCAUUGGUUGGAUUAUUCCAUUUGUAAUUGGCUUAGUAUGGCAA